AUGGCCGACAAGAUGGACCGAGGUCUCGAUGAGAUCAUUGCCGAGACCCGCAGCAGCGGCUCCCGGAACCGGCGCGGCGGCGGCGGUGACCGUCGUCGCGACCGCAUCGAGUCCCCUCGGGAUGGCGUGAGAAAGGCUUUCGCCGAGGAGGCCCUGUGUCCCGGCGUCGGCGCGAAUCCCCCGAUCGCACGUGGCCACCCGAGGGCCGCGAAGCUCCGGGUCGAGAACAUUCAUUACGACUUGACCGAGGAAGAUCUGGAUGAGCUCUUCGCCAGAAUUGGUCCGGUCGUACGGCUACAGCUGCUCUUCGAUCGCGCAGGACGCUCCGAAGGCAGAGCAUAUGUCACGUACGAAUCGAUGGACGAUGCGCAGGAGGCCAUCCGUCAAUUUGACGGCGCCAACGCCAAUGGCCAACCGAUUCGCCUCAACCUGGUUCCCUCUGGUCCGGCGCGGAACCCAUUCGACACGGCCGUGAUGCCUGGUCGUCCGCUGUCCGAGAGGGUUUCCAUCCCCGGCCGCCAGACGCGCUCCGUGUCGCCUCGCCGGCGUUAUGACGAAGACGAUGCAGCCCGCAAGGGAAUUGACAGGUACAUCCCGGGCAGCGGCAGCCGUUCCAGGAGUCCGGCGCCCCGAUAUUCUCGCGGCGGCCGUCGUCCGGGCCUCAGGCGAGAGGUCGGUGCCAGGGAGCAGCAAGGAUACCAAUCCGCCAGGGGAGGAGGCCGAACCCAUACACGCACGAGGAAGACGCAAGACGAGCUUGAUGCGGACAUGGCAGACUAUUUUGGAGCCGGUGCUUCCACCACUACUACUACAGCGGUCGGGCCCGACGACGUCGACAUGAUCGAAUGA